AUGGCGCAGUCAAGUUUGAACUCAAACAACUCACUGCCUCAAUACUACGGUCAGACUCUGCAAGAUGGGACGAUAAUGGAGUCUCCCGUCAUGCCAACACACCCACGUGGAUCCAGCGACUCGAGGCAGGAGCUUCUACGACUGCCUGCACAGCCUCACCAAGCACAUAUGGACUACAACGUCGAUCCCGAGUCACAUAACGCGCCCGUACAACAGGCCAACAACACCUUUGGUCUAACGCCAAUGCCUUCCAAUCGAAAAUUGGGAGGACAAGCCGACAUCCGUGACUGGGAUGCAACACCUCGUCCGCGACGACCAUCUCAACCUGUGCCUUACAGCCCAACCACACACCGUGGCCCCUACGUAGAAGACUACUCUGAAGAGGAAGACGUCGAUCCCCGCGAUCCUCGCGCGUACCGUCGCCCAAGCAGGAGAACGCAAGGCCCUCCCAGUGCGUACCGCAACUACCAUGAGCAGAACUCCAGGUAUGGGCCCAUACCUAGGAACAGUGUCGACCACAACAUGCAGCCUUAUUACAGCGACACACCAGGCAAGCCUAACUACGAAAUGUACUACCCCGAUGGAGGUAACUACGGUGGACGCCGCCCUCCCAUACCCUACGCAGGAGGAAGUCGAGGACCACCCGUCUACCCACCACAGGAGAGUGUGAUGAGGUUGCCAUGGAUGAUCUGGAUGGGAAGUAACGCAAAGAACCGUAAGUCACCCUUCCAUCUCAACUCUCCCACGUUGCUAACUCAGCUCGCAGACUUUGUCGCUUUCGUCGGCGAGUUUGUAGGAACAACCAUGUUUCUCUUCUUCGCCUUCUCCGGCACCCAAGUCGCCAACAUCGACUCAUCCGCCACCCCCGACUCCAACACUACGACCAACGAAUCCGCUGGUUUCUCUCCCAUCGUCCUGCUCUACAUCGCCCUCGUCUUCGCUUUCUCUCUCAUGGUAAACGUAUGGGUCUUCUUCCGUAUCAGCGGUGGUUUGUUCAAUCCCGCCGUCACGUUCGCCAUGUUGCUCUGCCGUGCUCUGUCUCCCAUCCGCGCCUUCCUGCUGGUAGCAGCGCAGAUCAGCGGAAGUAUCUUUGCCAGUUUCCUCGUCAGCGUCUUGUUCCCCACAUCCUUCAAUGUGCGGACGACGUUGGGUGAGGGCACGAGUUUAGCCCAGGGUGUCUUCAUCGAAGCCAUCCUCACCGCCGAACUGGUCUUUACCAUCUUCAUGUUGGCAAAGGAGAAGCACAAAGCUACAUUCAUCGCCCCCGUCGGCAUUGGCCUCGCCCUCUUCAUCGCAGAACUCGUCGGCGUCUACUACACCGGCGGCUCGCUCAACCCCGCCCGCUCCUUCGGCCCCUGCGUCGUAACCGGCGUCUUCGACAACGAACACUGGAUCUACUGGGUGGGCCCCGCAGCCGGCGCCAUCAUCGCCGUCGUCUUCUACCAAUUCAUCAAGAUACUCGAAUACGAAGUCGCCAACCCCGGUCAAGACGACGACGAUAAAGACCAAGAAGUCAAGGAAGUCAUUGAAAAGGAGAGGGAGGGCAGCCAAGAACCUGAUCUCGAAAGGGGGGAUGCGGGUGGUAUGACGGGUGGCAUGGGCGGCGGACCCCCGGGUAACGGUCAUGUUCCUCUGCCUACCGUGAGUAGUCAGCAGCGUUUGCGGGCUGUGCAUAGUGUACAGGGUCUUGUUCAUCAAGCGCGCAAGAAAAGGGCGCAGGAGGGACAGGGGUUUGGGGGGAGGGGCGAGCAUACGUACUAA